CCACUGGCCUUCGGCGGGCAUGAAUGGAGGGUCUAGGAGCUGCCCGCCCGGGCCCGGGCCUACUUGGUCCUCCCUCCCCCUGCACUGAGUCCCGGUUAAUUAUAACUCUGCCCUAAGUGCCCUGUGAUGCCACGCCCCGGCCAGCCGUGCCCAGGAGACCAAGCUGCCAGGUAGGGGAGAGGCCUGAGAGCAAAGACAUGCUUCCGGUUUGUGUGGGUGUCCCUGCAGCAGGGCUGGGCACCCAGCGUGAGGGUGGUGGGCUAGGGAAAGAAAGAGUCUUGGUCCCCUUGGCAGGUGUUGGUCAAGGUGGUCUGGGGGACAGAGGAGGGUGGGAAGCCAGGUAGGAGAGAGGUGGUGUUGGAGGAGGGCCAGGCAGGUGCCUGUUGGGACAACAGUUGGGCCUGGCCUGAGAUUACUGUUUGCUCCCCGCUUUGAAAGCCUCUGUCCCCCAGGUCCAUGUCUCAGCCAUGCGCCCUGCGGAAGCCCCCCCACCCCACCUGGGCCCCGUAGUACUGGUCCUGCUGCAGCUCCUGCUGCCCCCCACGUCUGCCUUCUUCCCCAACAUCUGGAGCCUCCUGGCCGCCCCGGGCUCCAUCACCCACCAGGACCUGACGGAGGAGGCAGUACUCAACGUCACCCUGCAGCUCUUCCUGGAGCGGCCACCCCCUGGGCGGCCACCCCUGCGUCCGGAGGACUUCCUGGGCCGCACCCUUCUGGCCGAUGACCUCUUUGCCGCCUACUUUGGGGCUGGAUCUCUCUCCCGGCGCUUCCGAGCCGCUGUCGGCGAGGUGUCUCGUGCCAAUGCUGCCCAGGACUUCCUGCCAACUUCCAAGACGGAUCCUGAUCUGCACUUUGAUGCGGAGCGGCUGGUCCAGGGGCGCGCGCGCCUGCUGACAGCACUCAGGGAGACCCUGGCCGCAGCCAGAGCACUCGACCACACGCUGUCCCGCCAGCGCCUGGGGGCUGCCCUUCACGCCUUGCAGGAUUUCUACAGUCACAGCAACUGGGUGGAGCUGGGGAAGGAGCAGCCCCACCCUCGCCUGCUGUGGCCAUGGCAAGAGCUGCAGAACCUGGCACAAGCAAGUGACCCCACCUGCUCUGAUUGUGAGCAGUUAAGCUGCCCUGGGAACUUGCUGGACUUCCAGCUCCUCACUUCCGGCUAUUUUGGAACGCAUCCCCUCAAACCUCCAGGGAAAUGUAGCCACGGGGGCCAUUUUGACCAGAGCAGCUCCCAGACACCCCGGGGAGGCAUCAACAAGGACAGCACAGCCCCCGGCUUCUCCCCGCACCACCAGCUGCACCUCCAGGCUGCCAAGCUGGCCCUCCAGGCCUCCAUCCAGGUCCUUAGCCUCCUUCGAAGCAGACUAGGGGACAGGAACUUCUCCAGGUUGCUAGACAUCACCCCCGCCUCCAGCCUGAGCUUUGUACUGGACACCACGGGCAGUAUGGGCGAGGAGAUCAAUGCUGCCAAAAUCCAGGCUCGCAGCAUUGCGGAGCAGCGGCGGGGCAGCCCCCUGGAGCCUGCCCACUAUGUCCUGGUGCCUUUCCACGACCCAGGCUUUGGACCCGUCUUUACAACCAGUGACCCAGACAGCUUUUGGCAGCAGCUCAACAAGGUCCAUGCCCUGGGAGGCGGAGACGAGCCCGAGAUGUGUCUGUCAGCCGUGGAGCUGGCCCUGCUGCACACACCGCCGCUCUCGGACAUCUUUGUCUUCACGGACGCCUCCCCCAAGGAUGCCCUCCUCACCAACCGGGUGGAGUCUCUGACUCAGGAACGACGCUGCCGAGUAACGUUCCUAGUGACUGAAGACCCAUCAAGGGCUCAGACUCGAGCCCGGCGUGAGGUCCUAUCCCCUCGGCGUUUUGAGCCGUAUGAGGCCAUCGCCUUAGCCUCGGGAGGAGAGGUGAUCUUCACCAACGACCGGUACAUUCAAGAUGUGGCGACCAUAGUUGGAGAAAGCAUGGCUGACCUGGUCACCCUUCCCUUGGAGCCCCCCAUCCUGGCUCCUGGGAGGCUGCUUGCGUUCAGAGUGGAUGGGCUGCUACGCAGGAUUACGGUCCGGGUCCACGGGGAGUCCGUCAGCAGUUUCUGGAUCAGGAAUCCCGCAGGGGUCUCCCAGAGUCAGGAGGAAGGUGAGGGUCCCCUAGGUCACACUCGAUGCUUUGGGCAGUUCUGGAUAGUGACCAUGAACGACCCUCCCCAGGCAGGGACCUGGGAGAUCCAAGUCACCGCUGGGGGCAUCCCCCGCGUGAGAGUGCAAGCCCGGACCUCCCUGGACUUCCUCUUCCACUUUGGGAUCCCAGUGGAGGAUGGGCCCCAUCCUGGCCUCUACCCUGUGGCUCAACCAGUCGCAGGUCUCCAGACCCAGCUGCUGGUAGAGGUGACAGGGCCCGGGUCCAGAGCUCUCUCUGGACAUCGUGGGCCGCAUUUUUCCAGUGUCGCCCUUCGGAGAGUGCCAGAGGGCACUGAGCUGGGCCGGGCACCCUUAGAGCCCACGGGACCCCCGCAGCGAGGUCUCCUAGCGGCGUGGCUUCCGCCCAUGCUGCUGUCCGAGCCAGGAUCCUUCUCUCUGGAACUGAUUGGCCAGGAUGGAGCCGGACAGGGGCUGCACAGGGCGGCCCUCCAACCCUGCACUGUGGUCCCGGUGCUUCUGGAGCUCAGUGGCCCCCCUGGUUUCCUGACCCCGGGCAGCAAAGCCCCGCUCAGCCUCCAUAUUGCCAGCUUCUCAGGCCCUCAGGAUCUCCAUCUCAGGACCUCCGUCAACCCCAGCUUCCCCCUCACCUCUAACCUCUCCAGGGUUCAUCUAGGGCAGAAUGAGUCCGCCUGGGGCCGCCUGUGGCUGGAGGUCCCACACUCGGCCGCUCCAGACGCCGUGGUGACGGUGACAGUGACUGCAGUGGGUGGCGAAGCCCGCUCAGUGCCCCCGACCUUUGCCUUCCUCCGGCUCCUGGUGCUGGCCCUGGCCCCCCAGGACCAGCCCCCUGCCAAGGACCACUCCUCCCGCCCUGUGCUCCCCACCAUGGGCGCUGCCCGUGGCCGCUCCACUCUGGUGACUGGCGGCGGGGCUCAGGGGAGGGCGGCGGGCAGCCCCCGCUGGAGCAUGAUUGGAGGGGUGCUGCUGCUCCGCCUGGGUGCUCAGUAAGGCAGAAGCUCGCAGCUGUUCUCAACCUGGGGGUCGCGACCCCUUUGGGGGGUCUGACGACCCUUUCACCGGGGCCGCUUGAUUCA